UCACAGCUUUGACAAAGACUAGAAACCGACCGUGGGUGGUGGGCACAGCAGAAAUACUGUCCGGGCUCCAGCCCCGCACCCUGAAACAGCCCGGGAUGCAACAGGGGGUGCAGCGGCACCCAUGUCCUUCAUGUCUCUGUUCUCCAGGAACACAUCCAGACCUCCUGUCUGGAGGACUCAUGAUGACACCGUCCACCACCCCAUCCUCAGUGUUUUUGAGCUGGAGAGACUCCUGUACACGGGGAAGACAGCCUGUAACCAUGCCGAUGAAGUCUGGCCAGGGCUUUACCUGGGAGAUCAAGAUAUAGCAGCAAACCGACGUGAGCUGGCCCGACUGAACAUGACUCACAUCCUCAAUGCUUCUCACAGCAAGUGGCGGGGAGGCGCAGAAUACUAUGACGGUAUGGGCAUCUGCUAUCUGGGCAUCGAAGCACACGAUUCACCCACCUUUGACAUGACCCCCUACUUUCAGCCUGCUGCAGAUUUCAUCCACAAAGCCCUGAGCACGAGGGGAGGGAGAAUCCUUGUUCACUGCGCUGUGGGGGUAAGCAGAUCAGCUACCCUGGUCCUUGCUUACCUCAUGAUUUACCACCACUUGACUCUGGUGGAGGCCAUAAAAACCGUCAAGGACCAUCGAGGCAUUAUUCCCAACCGGGGUUUCCUGCGCCAGUUGACCACCCUGGACAACUCUCUCAGGCUGAAGAGGAGACCGUAAGCAGAUGAAUCGUCGGGAAACCAUGAUAGCAUAGUUUCUGUUGGUAAACAUGAGGCAUUACUAGCCUUAUUUGGGCUCAGCUAACCACGACCUUCCACAGAUCCUGCCUCAAAGAAGAACAGCUCUAACCUUUCAAGAUGUACUGCCAAUGUUCUCAGAGGUUAGGCUCAGGAGUCAACCGGAGGCGAGCAAAUUCGAGGUUUCUGAGAGGAAGAGAUUUUCUUUCUCCCUCUCCCGUUGGCUUUCGAAAGCCAUUUUCCAAGACAAUGUCCCAACCUCACACUGAGGAAGCUUUUAAUGCUGAAAUUCCCAUGGAGUGAUAUGUCUUGUGGCCCGUUUCCUCCUGUUUGCUUCUAGCUUUUGUUUUAAAAAGUGGCAAGCCCCAAUGUAUUUUAACUUUAUCGGAAUAAAGUUCUACAGAAGAGAA